CAACCAUUUUGUAAGAUUUAAUUCACGGGGUGCGGCACUAUCUGCCGCCGGUGGUACCAUCAGCAGAAAGUUCUGAUUCCCCUAAAAAAGAAAAGAUUUUGUAUUGUUGGUAGAAUUUAUAGAUAUGAGGUUGAUAUGUAACUGAGGGGGGGGAAGAAGAAAAGUGGGGUGCAUCAGAAGAUGAACGUUGAUGCAGUGAGAUUCUGAAAACCAUGUUGUGUAGGAAAGGUUCGAGGAAUAGUGAAGCGGGAACGGUGCCGGUCUACCUUAAUGUGUACGAUCUGACACCCAUUAAUGGGUAUGCCUAUUGGUUUGGCCUCGGAGUUUACCAUUCUGGCGUACAAGUCCAUGGUAUUGAGUAUGCAUUCGGAGCUCAUGAGUACCCAACAACUGGAAUAUUUGAAGGGGAGCCAAAACAAUGCGAUGGAUUUACAUUUAGGAAGACAAUUUUGAUUGGGAAGACGGAUAUGGGGCAGACGGAAGUGAGGGCAGUCAUGGAGGAGCUGGCAGGGGAGUACCGAGGGAAUGCAUAUAAUUUGAUUACCAAAAACUGCAACCAUUUUUGCAAUGAUGCUUGUCUUAGACUCACUGGAAAUCCAAUCCCGAGUUGGGUUAAUCGGCUUGCUAGAAUCGGAUUUCUAUGCAAUUGUGUCCUUCCGGUGACUCUAAAUACAACCAAAGUUGGGCAUCAUCGAAUCGAAGAUAAGCCAUGUGAAGAAGAAAAGAAGAAAAUCACUAGCGACUCAAACAGACUCACUUGUUCUAAUUCAUCUUCUUCUUCAUCUUCUCCUUCUAGCUCUACAAUUCGCAGGGGUAGAAGCAGAAACAGACGUGCCCUUCCUCCAACUUCGCCUUUGAUUAUGGGUUCUUCAUCCUGAUGGUCAAUGUUUGAAAAUUGAUGUUUUUUUUUUCUUUUUUCUUUUUAAAUUAAAAAAAAAAAAAAAAACUCAAUGAAAGGAAGCAAAAUCAAAAUUUUAUAUUUUUCGUCCAUUCUUUUCAUGAGGUCUUCCCCCGAGAGAAACCUUGGAGGCAUGCAGCAAAUUACUGUACGAGUGCAUGCUUUUUGGGGGCAAGUUAUGAAAUGUCUCUGCAACAUUACAACCUCAUUUUGUAUGUUUUUUUGGAUAACUUCAUAACAAUUGCCUUGUGGGCAUAUUCUCAUC